UCCUUUUCAAACUGUCUAUCACUGACAGUUUACCAUUUGACCAGAAAACCUCAGUAAAUUCGUAUUUAGGAGAUAAUUCAUUGUCUUACCUUCAUAUUUUAUAAACUAUUAGUAGUUGAAAUUGAAAAAGUAAAAUGUUGAUCAAAGUCAAGACACUGACCGGUAAGGAAAUCGAAAUCGAUAUAGAACCCACGGAUAAGGUGGAAAGGAUCAAGGAGAGGGUAGAGGAAAAAGAAGGAAUACCUCCACAGCAGCAGCGGUUAAUUUUUUCUGGGAAACAAAUGAAUGACGAAAAGACGGCGCAAGACUACAAAGUUCAGGGAGGUUCCGUUUUGCAUUUGGUGCUGGCCUUACGUGGUGGAAGAAACAUUUAAUUUAUAUUUUUUUAUUGUAAGUCUUGUUUAGGUCUCUUUAAAUUAUAUUAACAUUGUAUUAAUUAAGUG